AUGCCCGAUACCAACCAAGAUCCCCGUCAACAGACGCCAUUGCCCACGCGUGUAUCCAAGGCAUGCGACAGGUGCAAACGCAACAAGUCAAGAUGUGAUUCCUAUCGACCCUGCUCGCUAUGUUUACGAGCCAAUGCAGAAUGUACAAGCACUUCAAGAGGAGCCGCCAGCGUGACGAGACAAGCAAGUGCAGGCGGAGAAACCGCAACAUCGCGUUCAUCAACGAAUAAACGGAGAAGAAUUGCAAGCUCUCCUGAGGCCACCGAAUUGCGUGCGCGAAACAUCAGUCGACUGCGCUCGUUUGAGGAUAUUGCUAGUCAUCAAGAUCUGGAAGAUGCCGAUCAAACUCAUCGGCACUCUCGUAGCGAUGCCGGUGAUGAUGAUGACGGAGAAGCUGAGAACACCAUGAGUAUGGCCCGCAAAAUCUACAGCCUGGAUCAACAACAACUUGAUGGGUUUGCUGUCAGCGCUAUUCCAGGAGCCGAAGCUGGGCAAUCUACAUCAGCCGCGCCGUCACCAGCUGUUGAAAAAUACCCAGUCGCCGCUUAUUUGACAAAUCCUUUCCCUGCGCCAGAUGUGGUCGUCGAGUUGUUGGAUGAGUACUUUGCAUCAGUGCAUUGGUUUUCUCUGGUCAUCUACGAACCAAAGUUCAGAGAGAGCUUCAUGUCCAUUCGCGACAAUCUCGCUGAGCCAAGUCAAAAAUCCUUCCUGGUCUUGCUAUCCACCAUUUUAGGAAUGGCCGCUUGGUACAGAUCACAAAGACCUGAAGUAGAAACUGGCAGGCCAAGUCGGCAAUGGAAGCAACUCAGUUCUGAUCUGUUCAAGAAUGCAGACAACGAACUCAUCAACAUCAUGGAUCAGAAUUCGAUAUCUGCCAUCCAGACUUUGAUCCUCUUGGGAUCCUAUUACUGUUACCACGGACGUCCUAAUUUGUCGUUCUCUAUGCUUGGUGCAAGUGUGAGGACUGCUCAAGCUUUAGGACUCCACCGUGAGCCGUCUCGUGCUUCGUUCCACGAUGCUGAGGAGAGAAAGAGAGUUUGGUGGACGAUAUAUACCUGGGACAUGUUCGCUGCUGUGACGUAUGGACGGCCGCUAGGUAUACAUAAUGAAGAUUGUACGGUGACGAUGCCAUCCGAAUUUUCCGAGAACAUCCAUUAUAGGACUACGGUCCCUCCACAAGAAGCUCUUUCUAUUUGUUAUUCUCGAUAUCAGACAGAGCUGAACAAACUAUACAUGAUCGCGUCUCCAGUCAUCAAGAAGGUCUAUGGCACGCGAUUGCGACGAGGCGGAUCUCAUUCUGAGAAUGCGCCAUACUUGCAACUCGUGAAAGACGUCACGACAAGAUUGUGGGAAUGGAGAAGUUCGUUACCGGAACACCUUGCGAUGGAUCUUGAUCGAGACUGUCCGUCAGAGAUGAGUGCGACAGCGAAAGCACACUGUCUACAAAGCCUGGCUUUGUCACUGACCUUUGAUAACCUACUAAUCAUCCUGCAUCGACCGUUCCUGGCAUGGCAUAUUGACUCGCUGACUGUUCGACCGGGCAAGAGUAUGUCAUCACACGAAUUCGUCGAUGGCGUUCAAACAUCAAGCCCUCGAGAGUGGUGGGAUGCCGCGCUUCGCACUUCCAGGGUCACAGAACUACCUCAACUAGCACAGCUCGCGACUGAUAGCCAUCUGGUCGCCUUCCUGGCUAUCAACUUGUUCAAUGCUGCAAUUGUCAUGGUUGUAAUGGCCCUGUCUGAUCCGCUAUCCGACAAGGCACAAGAAGUAAAGCGCAUCACCACACGAAUAUUCAGGCUGCAAGAUUUGUUUGGCAGGCGAUCGAAGUUAUCUAUGCAGAGCAGUGCUAUACUCAAAAACGUGGUACAGCUACUUCUUCGACGUGAAAACGAAGCAAUUUUUGCCCCAGUGCCCGCAGGCAAGAGAACAGAGGAGGUGACAGAGACCACGCCUUCUUCCACCACAGGGUUGUUGUCCGUACGAGAAACACUCAAUCUUCCACUCGGUUUGCCUCAGGAUCUUGGCUAUGAGCAAGUGGAAAACAGUAUGAGCAACAUUCACGCCGAUCCAUCAUUCAACCAGAGCUUAGCAUCCGUUCAGAAAGUAUUUUCAAGCAGUUCAUCCGGCACUCCCGCAGUGACUCAAGGCGCACAGCAACUCAUCGACUACUCCGCACCCUCCCAUGGCACUGAUCCGACCUCUGCUGAGCAAUGGUCAAAUAUGAGCACGACGCAAAGUUUGACGGACCCAUUUGACCUCUCGUCCAACAUGACGGACAACAAUGGUGUAUACUGGUUUUGGGAUACGAUGUGGGACGGAGGAGCCUUUGAGUGA